GACAUCUCAGUUAGAAACUUUACAACACAAACUCAUCUAAGUUCUCUUUUCUUUUGUUUGAGAAAGUUAUGAAAUAGUCGUUAAUCAUGUUUCUGGGGAAGAUUGUGGAUGCAAUUACAGGGAAAGAUGAUGGAAAAAAAGUCAAAGGAACAGUGGUUUUGAUGAAGAAAAAUGUAUUGGAUUUUACUGAUAUUAAUGCCUCAGUUCUUGAUGGAGUUCUUGAGUUCCUUGGUCGGAGGGUCUCUCUCGAGUUGAUCAGUUCUGUUCAUGUUGAUCCUGCAAAUGGUUUACAAGGGAAACGUAGCAAAGCAGCAUACUUGGAGAAUUGGCUUACAAACAACACCCCAAUAGCAGCAGGAGAAUCAGCAUUUAGAGUCACAUUUGAUUGGGAUGAUGAGGAAUUUGGAGUUCCAGGAGCAUUCAUCAUCAAGAACUUGCAUUUUAGUGAGUUCUUUCUCAAGUCACUCACCCUUGAAGAUGUUCCUAAUCAUGGCAAAGUUCAUUUUGUCUGCAAUUCUUGGGUUUAUCCUGCUAAUAAAUAUAAGUCAGAUCGCAUCUUCUUCGCGAAUCAGGCCUAUCUCCCAAGUGAAACACCAGAGCCAUUGCGAAAAUGCAGAGAAAAUGAACUAGUAACUUUAAGAGGAGAUGGAACUGGAAAGCUUGAGGAAUGGGAUAGAGUUUAUGACUAUGCUUAUUACAAUGACUUGGGUGAUCCAGACAAAGGCAAAGAGCUUUCCAGGCCUGUCUUAGGAGGAUCUUCUGAGUACCCGUAUCCUCGUAGAGGCAGGACAGGCCGCGAACCAACCAAAACAGAUCCUAAUUCCGAGAGCAGGAUUCCACUGCUUAUGAGCUUAGAUAUAUAUGUGCCAAGGGACGAGCGAUUUGGUCAUAUAAAGUUGUCAGACUUCUUGACAUUUGCUUUGAAAUCCAUUGUGCAGUUGCUUCUCCCUGAGUUUAAGGCUUUGUUCGAUAGCACGCCUAAUGAGUUUGAUAGUUUUGAGGAUGUACUUAAACUCUACGAAGGAGGAAUCAAGUUACCUCAAGGCCCUUUGUUGAAAGCCAUUACUGAUAGUAUUCCUUUAGAGAUACUAAAAGAACUCCUUCGAAGUGAUGGCGAAGGCCUAUUUAAGUACCCAACUCCUCAGGUUAUUCAAGAGGAUAAAACUGCCUGGAGGACGGAUGAAGAAUUUGGGAGAGAAAUGUUGGCGGGAGUCAAUCCUGUCAUAAUCAGUAGACUCCAAGAAUUCCCUCCGAAAAGCAAGCUGAAUCCUAAAACAUAUGGCAACCAAAACAGUACAAUUACCAGAGAGCAGAUAGAGGAUAAGUUGGAUGGACUAACAAUUGAUGAGGCAAUCAAGACUAACAGACUAUUCAUAUUGAACCAUCAUGAUAUCCUUAUGCCAUACUUGAGGAGAAUUAACACAUCGACAGACACAAAAACCUAUGCCUCAAGAACUCUGCUCUUCUUGCAAGAUAAUGGAACCUUGAAGCCAUUAGCAAUUGAACUAAGCUUGCCACAUCCAAACGGAGAUCAAUUUGGCGCUGUUAGUAAAGUAUAUACACCAGCUGAUCAAGGUGUUGAAGGUUCUAUCUGGCAGUUGGCCAAAGCCUACGCAGCAGUGAAUGACUCGGGCGUUCAUCAACUCAUCAGUCACUGGUUGAAUACGCAUGCAGUGAUUGAGCCAUUCGUGAUUGCAGCAAAUAGGCAACUAAGCGCGCUUCACCCUAUUUAUAAGCUUCUCCACCCUCAUUUCCGUGAGACGAUGAACAUAAAUGCUUUAGCAAGACAGAUCUUGAUCAAUGGUGGUGGACUUCUAGAAUUGACAGUUUUUCCAGCCAAAUAUUCCAUGGAAAUGUCAGCAGUAGUUUACAAAGACUGGGUUUUCCCUGAACAAGCACUUCCUACCGAUCUCAUCAAAAGAGGAGUGGCUGUUGAAGACUCGAGCUCCCCACAUGGCAUUCGCUUACUGAUUCAGGACUAUCCAUAUGCUGUUGAUGGGUUGAAAAUUUGGUCAGCAAUUAAAAGUUGGGUAACUGAAUACUGCAACUACUAUUACAAAUCAGAUGACGCGGUACAAAAAGACACUGAACUCCAAGCCUGGUGGAAGGAACUCCGCGAAGAGGGACAUGGUGACAAGAAAGACGAGCCUUGGUGGCCUAAAAUGCAGACAGUUCAAGAAUUGAUAGACUCUUGCACCAUCACAAUAUGGAUAGCUUCAGCACUUCAUGCAGCAGUCAAUUUCGGGCAAUAUCCUUAUGCUGGUUAUCUCCCUAAUCGUCCUACAUUAAGCCGAAAUUUCAUGCCAGAGCCAGGAAGUCCUGAGUAUGAAGAGCUCAAGACAAAUCCGGACAAAGUAUUCCUCAAAACAAUCACUCCACAGCUGCAGACACUGCUUGGAAUUUCCCUCAUAGAGAUCUUGUCAAGGCAUGCUUCGGAUACACUUUACCUCGGGCAAAGGGAAUCACCUGAAUGGACAAAGGAUCAAGAACCACUUUCAGCUUUUGAGAAGUUUGGAAAGAAGCUGAGUGAUAUCGAGGAUCAGAUUAUGCAGAUGAAUGGUGAUGAGAAAUGGAAGAACAGGUCGGGUCCUGUUAAAGUUCCAUAUACCUUGCUCUUCCCCACAAGUGAAGGAGGACUAACUGGCAAAGGAAUUCCAAACAGUGUCUCAAUAUAGAACUAUAAUUCAAUUUGAAAGUAUUAAAUCUCUUUGUUGUUAAUGUUUCUUUAUAUUCCUAAUAAUAAUAGAAAAUAAAAUCUUUAUUUCAAGGAAGUUCCCAGCUACAGCUAAAGGAUGUAAUGCUGUAGGCUCUUCUGUUGUGUAAGUAAUGCAUUUGUAUGUACAAGUGCCCAGUUCUAAAUUGUGUAUAAAGUACUAUAUUGUUGAAAUUUUGUUUUCUUAGCA